CUGGGCAGUGAGAAACCAGAAUCCUCACCAUGAAGAAACUCUGCUGUAUCUUUAUCCUCCUCUGCUUUUUCUAUAUUAACACAUUAACGAGCUCAUUUCCUGGGGCAGAAGAUGUGAGACCGAAUAAAUGUGAAUUCACUUCCCUCUCCUGCCAUAAAGUCUUCUGUGCUCCGUGGCAGAGGUGUGUGGCCGGGGUAUGUCGCUGUAAGCUACCAUAUCAGUGCCCACGGAAUGCAACUACUGAAGUCUGCACAGAGGGGAAAAGGAAACUGCAAACCUACUGUCAGCAAAAAAGUGUUGAAUGUUCAAAUCCUUCAAAUGUCAAAUACAGAUUUUCCUCAGAAGCUCCUUGCACUGAUACAUUUUCAGUAAGAUUAACAGGGAGCGAAGAAACAAGCAAAGGAAUCAUAAAAGUGAAAUUACCUACACUAGAAAAGGAAUUGUUUAUAUGUGCAAAACAAUGGAGUCUGAGGGAAGCCAAUGUUGUUUGCAAACAGCUUGGAUUUCCCAGAGGCGCUGAUGCACCAGCAUCAAACAAAGAUCUCCCAGUAGUAACAAAGGUGUCCCCAGAAGUACAUUGCCUUCAAGCAACUUGUCGAGGACUAGAGAAUAGCUUGGCCGAAUGUGCUCUAAGGAAGUUACCUGUGGAGAAGCAGGUUGCUGAAGUAAAGUGUUAUACAGAAAACAGAGAUUGUGGCUCUGGUGAGUUUAAAUGUUCAAAUGGCAAGUGCGUUCCCUCAGAACUGGCCUGUGAUAGUGAAAAUGAUUGUGGAGAUCUCAGUGAUGAACUAUGCUGCAAAGAUUGCAGUGCUGGCUUCCAUUGUAAAUCUGAUACCUGCAUCCCAGAGAGGUAUAAGUGCAAUGGAGAACUUGACUGUAUUAGUGAAGAAGAUGAAUCAAAUUGUGAAGUCGAACAAGAACCUAAAUCAGAAAAACAAGAAGAGGAAGGACAAGAAUCCAAGGCAAUUCAAAAUGAAGAGACAGGAAACAUUGUCAACUAUGACAUGGACGCAGAGAGGAGGCUCGUGAUGAAAAGUCUUCCAGAAUUAAGCUGCGGGGUUCCACCACCAGCAGCCCCUACGAAAAUAACUCGCAAGAAAAGAGUAAUAGGAGGAACAAAUGCUGUAAAGAAUCAGUUUCCAUGGCAAGUAGCAAUCAAAGAUGGCACAUCUGUAAACUGUGGAGGGAUUUAUAUUGGAGGCUGCUGGGUACUGACAGCAGCUCACUGUGUCAGGGCUAACCAACCCCAAAGAUAUCUCAUCAUACUUGAACUGCUGGAUCGACUGUCUUAUGACAAAGACAUAGACAGUUUCCCAGUUAAAAGUGUCAUAGUUCAUGAGUCGUACAACCCCAAUACAUAUGAAAAUGACAUUGCCUUGUUGGAAGUAAAGAACAUAUACAGUAAUCCAAAGUGCAUGCAGACUGACAAUAACAUGGUGCCUGCCUGCGUCCCCUGGUCACCAUUUCAGUUUAGGGCAGGGGACACAUGCACAGUUUCUGGAUGGGGACGGGAAAAAGGAAUGUCCAGGGUGUUUCACCUGAAAUGGGGCCACAUUAACCUAAUGAAUAAUUGUUCAGAAGUUUAUAAGGAGCGUUUCCUUGACAAAAUGGAAUGUGCAGGAACUUAUGAUGGCUCCAUCGAUGCAUGCAAGGGUGACUCUGGGGGGCCCUUGGUGUGCUAUGAUGUAAACAACGUUGCUUAUGUUUGGGGCAUUGUUAGCUGGGGAGAAAACUGUGGAGUUCCUGGUUUCCCUGGUGUAUACACUAAAGUUGCUCACUACUAUGAAUGGAUUUCACAUCAGGUGGGAAGAUCCCUUAUCUCAAAGUACAAUGUCUGAGAUGCUGUCAUCAUUAUUUGCUACUAUGCACUGGGAGGAUUGAUUUCAUCAUUAUCGUUCAUAAUUUUUUACUGCACGUGCAAAGAAUAAAAAUAUUGUUCGCUG